GCCUGUCUUUCUUUUUUAGACCAAAGCUCCAGAGAUAAUCCAUAUGAGACAUCAUCCGUCCUCUCUGGCAUACCCAGAUCACUGCUGAUCAGGGUUUACACACAGACACAUGCUCGCACAAAAAAAAAGAAACUGAAUGAUAUAGCAGCAUAUCAUUUUUUAACAAAGAAAUUCAUAAAUACAAGUAGCUCAGGAUCUAAACUAAGGCUGUCAUCAUGAGUAUUAAACAAGCCUGCAUCUUUCUCAGAGGAGGAACAAGGAGAAAAACAAGAGCUCUUACACACGAUGAGAUUGAAGAGUUACGUGAAGCUUUUGUUGAGUUUGAUAAAGACAAGGAUGGUUUCAUAAGCUGUAAGGACUUGGGGAACCUGAUGAGAACCAUGGGUUACAUGCCGACUGAAAUGGAGCUUAUAGAACUGAGUCAGAACAUUAACAUGAAUCUGGGGGGACGGGUGGACUUUGACGAUUUCGUGGAACUAAUGACCCCAAAGCUCCUGGCUGAAACAGCAGGGAUGAUUGGGUUAAAGGAGCUAAAAGACGCAUUUCGAGAGUUUGAUAUAGAUGGUGAUGGUUCUAUCACAUCUGAGGAGCUCAAACAUGCCAUGAAAAAGUUACUGGGAGAAAAUACCAGCAAAAAAGAAAUUGAAGCAGUGGUCAGAGAGGCUGACAACAACGGAGAUGGAACAGUUGACUUUGAGGAGUUCGUGAAAAUGAUGUCAAAGAAAUGAGAACAACAGAAUGAAUGGAUGACUGUGAAUGGAUGGGAUUCUGUUUGAUUCUAUGCUGAUCAUACCCUACUUCUGAUGAAUAAUUUCACUUUAUUAUCCUGUUAUUUAAGUGGCAUCUGCCUCACACACGAACACAUGGAACUCAUUCAUUUCAAGUGAGCAAAGAAGUUUUUUUUCUUUUUGUUAAAAUUGAUGGAUAUAAAAUUGUUCAAAUGUUAUGGUGUCGCAGGUAAAAUUAGUUGACAUGUUAAUGUCUCAGUUAUAAUUAUGAAGCGGCUGUUGAGAUGAACACUAUUUACAAGUCAGAAACUCGAGCAUACAAUAACUCCAAUGUUACACGAACACAGCAUAAGCCAACAAAAGCCAGUAAUACUGUAGGUACCAGGACUCUGCAAAGACACAGUUGCGGGCUGAGGACCGACCUCUUAUGAACAGCCUGCUUCUGUCAACCCCAGCUUUUCUUUAUAAGUUACAUUUCACUCACCUAUUUUAAUUCACUUUAGGGCACAUAAUCAUAAUAGAAAAUGAGCCAAUAGCAUUUCAUGAUACCUUGCAGUAGAUAACGAUGUGUGGACAGCAUGGGAGGGAAUUAACUAUGUGCAUGCUUCUUCCAAAGGAUGAUCAGUUGAUAUGUUUCUAAGGCUUUACUGGUUGUGGACAAUGACAACAGCUCUUCCAUAAUGCAGCUCCUUGCCUGCUAUAGGGAGUGUCUGUAGCUAGUUGAAUCUGAUCCAGUGGACAUUAUCUAUCAGUUGACAAUGUUCAGCACUGACCACCCAAAAGUAAUGUUUGACUCUGCCUUGAAUGUACCUGGAGAACAUGAUCUCAGCAGGGCCAACUGUCCUCUACUGCCACUUUUUCACUUCCCAUGCUUCUGGCUCAAUAGGGUGUAAAGGCAACCCACUGUCUGUUUGAAGAUUCUGUAGUUGAAUGUAACUUGUACGAGUACAUUUCAAGUUCUGUACUUACAAGUACAAUUUUAAGUUCUUUACUUGAGUAUUUCCAUUUUAUGCUACUUUAUACUUUUACUCCACUACAUUUUGAAAGCCAAUAAUAGGCUACUUUUGAUUACACUACAUGUAUUUGACUUAACUUUAGUUACUUGUUACUUGGCAGAUUCAGAUUAUUAAUACAAAAUAUAAAUCUACAAAUAAAUGCUGUUAAUGUAAAUCAGCUCCAGCUUUACCAGCGGCAGCAUUAGUUAUGCUUUCACAUUAAUGCAUCAUUAAUUAUAAUUCAGUCAUCUUAUAUAUAUAUAUAUUAUUCUCAAAUGGCCGAUUCUGCAUAAUGAGUACUUUUUCUUUGGGUAUGAGUCAGUAUAUUUCGAUGCCAAUACUGAAACUACUUUUACUUGUAACAGAGUGUUUUACACUGUGAUAAUUCUACUUUACUUAAAUAAAGGUUACGAGUACUUCUUCCACCAACUGGUAUUAACAACUGUGUUUUCUGAAAGUUUACCUCAGUGUUUGCAUAUGAGCCUACUUAUAUCUCAAGACACAUUGCAGUUUUUCAGAAAAAUACACAUUUUGAGAAACUG